UUGUACAAACGUAAAACCCUGCAAAUCUCUCUCUCUCUCUCUCUCUGAAAGUCUCUGUAUUUCUCGCUCUUUGAAAGGAAAAUUUGGGGGAAAUGAGCAGUUGGAAGAAUCUUCUAUUACGAAUCGGCGACAAGUCUCAUGAGUACGGCACGUCUACAGACUUCAAAGACCACAUUGAAACAUGUUUUAGCGCACUUCGGCGAGAGCUGGAACACUCCGAGAAAGAUAUUUUGGAUUUCCUUGUUCAAUGUGUUGAACAAUUGCCUCACAAGAUUCCUUUGUAUGGGACAUUGGUUGGCUUGAUGAACUUGGAAAACGAGGACUUCGCUAGGAAAGUAGUGGAGAAUACUCAGACUAAUCUUCAGGAUGCCCUUGAUUCUGGAAAUUGCAACAGGAUUCGUAUUUUGAUGCGGUUUCUGACUGUGCUGAUGUGUAGUAAAGUUCUCCAAUCCAGUUGUCUAGUUGUCGCCUUUGAAACACUGUUAUCAUCAGCUGCCACAACAGUGGACGAGGAGAAGGGAAAUCCCUCUUGGCAAGCAUGUGCUGACUUCUACAUUACUUGUAUUUUAUCUUGUCUCCCGUGGGGAGGAGCUGAACUGGUGGAGCAAGUUCCUGAGGAGAUUGAGAGAGUCAUGGUUGGUGUAGAAGCUUAUUUGAGCAUCAGAAGGCAUGCUUCUGACCGUGGCUUAUCGUUUUUCGAAGAUGACGAUGAAGCUAAGAAUGGACUUGGUGAAAAGGAUUUCUUGGAAGAUUUGUGGAGUCGGAUACAAGAUUUAUCCAACAAUGGAUGGAAACUUGAUAGUGUUCCUAGGCCUCAUCUUUCAUUUGAAGCUCAACUGGUUUCUGGUAAGUCUCAUGAGUUUGGUCCCAUCAGCUGCCCUGAGCAACUCCAUUCACCUUCAACACUUUCUGGGAUAACUCAUGGUAAACAGAAGCAUGAAGCAGAGCUAAAGUAUCCUCAAAGAAUACGCAGACUGAAUAUAUUUCCUGCAAGUAAAGCUGAGGACCUACAACCUAUUGAUCGGUUCGUUGUGGAGGAGUAUCUGCUAGAUGUGCUUUUCUUCUUCAAUGGCUGUCGGAAGGAAUGUGCUGCAUUCAUGGUUGGCCUCCCUGUGCCUUUCAGAUAUGAGUAUCUCAUGGCGGAGACAAUUUUCUCCCAGUUACUUUUGCUACCACAACCUCCAUUCAGGCCAAUGUAUUACACCUUGGUUAUUAUAGACCUCUGUAAGGCUCUUCCUGGGGCCUUUCCUGCUGUUGUGGCGGGUGCAGUUCGGGCUCUUUUUGAGAAAAUAGCUGAUUUAGAUAUGGAAUGUCGGACACGACUCAUCCUUUGGUUUUCACACCACCUGUCAAACUUCCAAUUCAUCUGGCCAUGGGAAGAGUGGGCUUACGUCUUGGACCUUCCAAAAUGGGCCCCACAACGUGUGUUUGUCCAGGAAGUUUUGGAGAGAGAAGUCCGUUUGUCAUACUGGGACAAAGUGAAACAGAGCGUUGAGAAUGCACCUGGUUUAGAAGAGUUACUUCCCCCUAAGGGUGGACCAAACUUCAGAUUCAGUGUGGAUGGUGAUACAGAAAGAACUGAACAACAUGCACUUUCUGCGGAUCUUAGUAACAUGGUGAAAGGAAGGGCUACUGCCCGUGAAAUAAUUUCAUGGAUUGAAGAAAGUGUGUUUCCACUUCAUGGUCUGGAAGUAACUCUCAAAGUGGUUCUUCAAACUUUUCUUGACAUUGGAUCUAAAAGUUUUACUCAUUUGAUCACUGUCUUGGAAAGAUAUGGCCAAGUAAUAGCAAAGAUAUGUCCUGAUCAAGAUAAGCAAGUCAUGCUUAUAGCUGAGGUGGGUUAUUACUGGAAGAAUAAUGCCCAAAUGGCAGCUAUAGCAAUUGAUAGGAUGAUGGGAUACCGGCUUAUAUCUAAUUUGGCUAUUGUGAGAUGGGUCUUCUCUGCAGAAAAUAUUGAGCAAUUUCAUACGUCUGAUCAUCCUUGGGAGGUUCUAAGAAAUACGGUUAGCAAGACAUAUAACCGUAUCUCUGAUCUUAGGAAAGAGAUAUCGUCUCUUCAGAAUGGUAUUGUACCAACUGAAGAAGCUGCAACUAAGGCAAAAGCUGAGUUAGAAGCUGCUGAAGCAAAGCUUACACUUGUGGAUGGUGAACCUGUUCUUGGUGAAAAUCCUGUGAAGUUGAGUCGAUUGAAAUUGCGUGCUGAAAAGGCAAAAGAGGAAGAGGUGUCAAUACGUGAGUCUUUGGAGGCAAAGGAGGCUCUUCUUGCUCGGGCCCUUGAUGAAAAUGAGGCAUUGUUCCUUGCUUUGUACAAAAACUUCUCUAAUGUAUUGACGGAACGCCUGCCUGAUGCAUCUAGAGCUGGAACAUUGUCGGAAUUAAAGUCUGUUCGUGCAGAUUCAAUGUCGGUUGACCUUGAAGAAUCAUCAGCAAUGGAGGUGGACAAUGAGAAUGAAAGACAACAAAAAAGUCAAUCAAAUGGUGGAAGGACUAGUAGUGAUGGCUAUAACAUAGGUGAAAAAGAGCAGUGGUGUUUGUCGACUUUGGGCUAUGUCAAGGCCUUCUCGAGACAAUAUGCCUCUGAGAUAUGGCUGUACAUUGAGAAGUUGGAUGUGGAGGUAUUAACCGAGAAUGUGCAUCCUCUCUUCCGAAAAGCCGUUUAUUGCGGACUUCGUCGGACAAUCAAUUAGAUGUGAUGUGGAGUGAUGUGAUGUGAUUUAUUGCAUAGGGAGGCAAAUCGGAAUGAGUUGAUACGUUGCUGGAGACUACUUCGCUUUUAUUAAUGCUCUAACAUCUCAUCUAGCUGAGGCAGAUUUCUUUAAUAUUUUUUUUUGGUGGCUUGUUUUCAAAGAUGAAUAUGUUUAGUUUACAAACCAGAAAGUAGUAUUCAAAGCAACUUUGAUUAGAAUUAAUGCGGAUGUGUAUAUUAUGAUUCAUUUGUGCAACUAUUGAAUCGUCUGCUUCCUUGUGUUAGCAAGGAAUAUUUACUAUGUUUGAUGGGGCCAUA